AUGCAUUCUUACGUUUACCGUAACGCUUUAGCCGACGUGGGACUGGUCAAAGAGCUAAAGCUGAACGUCUCAAGCAAAGUAAUGAUAGUGUAUGGCGAGAACAUAUGGAACGUUACUCUAGACGGCGACAUAGAGUAUCAAGGUAAGGGCUCCCAAGAAUCGCAUCAUCUAAUGGAUCCAAUUAACCGGCAAUACUCACAGCUGUACUACCCGCCAAUUGCCGGUGAAGCAACUAUACUUUUUAUACCAGUAAACCGUUCAAUACCUCCUGCUGGUAUCAUUCUUUAUAAGAUCGGCUAUCCUCUCCCAGAUAUUGGAUCUGAAGAAACUGAGUCGGUCAAUAUCUCGACUGCGUCCCCUGCCACCGAAGAUAUUGUGUCAGAGGAAACGGAGUCUGCCGACACCACUCCCGUGGAAACCGCAACUGAGGGCACUGAGUCUACCGAUAGCACGAUUGAUGAUACUGUGUCAGAGGAAACCGAGUCUGCCGACAGCUCAACUACGGAAACGGAGUCUUCCGACAGCUCUACUGCGUCCCCCGCCACGGAAGAUAUUGUCCCCGAUGAAACGGAAUCUACCAACACCUCGACUGCGUUCCCCACAACUGAAGAUAUCGGUUCUGAGGAAACGGAGUCGGCUGAUACGUCGACUGCCUCCCAGGCCACUGAAGAUAGGACGUCAGAAGAAACCGAGUGUGCCGAAACCCCUACUACGCUCCCCGCUACUGAAUAUGAUGGGUCCGAGGAAGCAGAUUCGGCCGACACCCCGACUGCGUUCCCCGCCACUGAAGCUAUUAGUUCCGUCGAAGCGGAAUCGACCGACGCCUCAACUGCGUUCCCAGCCACCAGACAUAUAGGGUCUGAGGAAACGGAGUCGGCCGACACCUCGAAUGCGUUCCCCGCAACUGAAGGUAUUGUCCCCGAGGAAACGGAAUCUACCGACACAUCAACUGCGUUCCCAGCCACCGGACAUAUAGGGUCUGAAGAAACAGAGUCGGCCGAAACCUCGACUGCGUUCCCCGCAACUGAAGAUAUUGUCCCCGAGGAAACGGAAUCUACCGACACAUCAACUGCGUUCCCAGCCACCGGACAUAUAGGGUCUGAAGAAACAGAGUCGGCCGAAAACUCGACUGCGUUCCCCGCAACUGAAGAUAUCGGUUCUGAGGAAACGGAGUCGGCGGACACCUCGACUGCGUUCCCCGCAACUGAAGAUAUUGUCCCCGAGGAAACGGAAUCUACCGACACAUCAACUGCGUUCCCAGCCACCGGACAUAUAGGGUCUGAAGAAACAGAGUCGGCCGAAACCUCGACUGCGUUCCCCGCAACUGAAGAUAUUGUCCCCGAGGAAACGGAAUCUACCGACACAUCAACUGCGUUCCCAGCCACCGGACAUAUAGGGUCUGAAGAAACAGAGUCGGCCGAAAACUCGACUGCGUUCCCCGCAACUGAAGAUAUUGUGUCAGAGGAAACGGAGUCUGCCGACACCGCGUCUGGGUCGUCCGCCACCAAAAAUAAUGUGUCUCAGGAAACUGAGACUACCGACACCUCGACUACGUUCCCCGCCACUGAAGAUAUUUGGUCUGAGAGUUCCGUGUCUGCCGAUACCUCGACUCUGUUCCCUGCCACUGAAAUCAUUGGGUCCGAGCAAACAGAUUCGGCCCACACCGCGACUGCGUCUUCCGCCACCCAUAAUAUUGGGUCUGAGCAAGCUGAGAAUGCCGGCAACACGACUCAGUACCCCGCCACAGAAGAUACCGUGUCUGAGGAAACCGAGUGUGCCUACACCUUGACUGCUUUCCCCGCUAGUGAAGAUAUUGGUUCUGAAGAAACUGAGUCGGCCAACACCUCGACUGCGUCCACCGACACUGGAGAUUUUAUGUCUGAGAAAACCGAUAUUACCGACACCUCGGCUAAAUUGCCCGCCACUGAAGAUAUGGGAUCUAAGGAAACCGAGUCUGCCGAUACCUUGACUAAGUUCCCGGCCACUGGAGAUAUUGCGGUUGAGCAAACGGACGAAAAAAUCCGGCUUCGCCUUAAGGCCUACUUGCCCAAACUCCCCCCCCAAGGGCAGCAGGCGGUAAAACAGCUGCCUUCUGCCAAGAAGUGUGUUAACAGUAAUGCGUCUGCUCGCCCCACCUUUUAG